CCCCCAAGGUCCCGCCCCCUCGGCUGAACGGACCGUGCGAGAGCAAGUUAUGCUUGGGAUCAAAACUUCAUACAUUUCGCUUGCUUAUUAAGAUUUAUAUGACAUAACAUUGUAAACACAUCAAAGUUUUUACUUAUAGCGUACUUAAUGCGUUCACAAUGACACGAGAGGAGGACCUGUUGCGGAUUGCUAAAAAGCUAGACAAGAUGGUGUCUAGAAAUAACAUGGAUGGAGCUCUUGACCUUUUGAGAGAAUUGGAAAAUUUCAACAUGACGCUGAAGCUACUUCAGGAUACAAGAAUUGGCAUGUCUGUCAAUGGAAUAAGAAAACAUUGUACAGAUGAGGAUGUUGUGAACUUGGCAAAGAUUCUUAUCAAAAACUGGAAGAAGCUUUUAGAAUCAGCUCAAAAGUCUGAGAGGCCAAAUGAGGUGAAGAAUGGCAAUCAUCCAAGCAAGCCAUCUAGAUCACCCAACAGGAUUUCUCCUGAGAGAGAAUCCAGGUCGGCAACAGAAAUUAAACCAGACUUGAACUCAAACAAGAAACUCGAUGAGAAACACAGAAGAGAGAGAAGAGAUGCAGAGCUCAGGAAAGAAAGACAAGAAAGUGACCACAAAAAAGAGAAACAGUUUCUUAACAAUAAAAAGGACAGAGACAGGAAGGAUUCAUUGAACUGUGGUGUUCUCCCCUCCCCAUUGCCGUAUUCUUCUCCACCGCCCAAGUGUCUUCCAGCAGGGGAAGUGAAAAGGGAGAGGAGAGAUGCUCCUGUUGAUUUUUUUCCCCCUGCUUCGAUCAAUUCCCACCCUUUAAGACGCUCAUCUACAGAUGUAAAGAAAGAGAGAAAAAACACUCUGGGUUCUUUACAUUCUCCUCCUCCUCUUCAAUCUCAUCCUCCUAAACAUCCCUCCAUGGAAGGAAAAAAAGAAAGGAGAGAUGCACCUGAUCUUUCUUCUCCUAUUCAUCAUCACCCUUCUCAUCCUCCACCUGCUUCUCCUCCUCCUUUUCCAAUCCCUAAGCGUUCAUUAGAGGUGAAAAAAGAAAGAAGAGAGGCCCCAGAAAUUUUACCUCCCACUGCUCUUCACCAUUCGCAGUCUCACCAUUCUCCUCCUCCCAAAUGUCCAUCAUUAGAGGUGCCCAAGGAAAGGACGAGAAAAGCUCCUGAUCCAAAUGCCCCUCUUCCUCCUUUACCCUUUCAUCUACAUCCUCCUCAGAAACAAGAAAUUAAGAAAGAGAGACUUUCUUUUCUUAGAAAAGAAACAGAGGAUCCCAGUGCUCCUCUCCCUCCUGUUCCUCUUCAUCUUCAACCUCCUACUCCUACAAAACGUCCUUCUUUAGACAUGAAAAAAGACAAAGAGAGGUUAAGAAAAGACACAUCAGACUCAAAGCGACGGACCUCCGAACACAAUGAGAAAUACAGAAAGGAUUCCACAAAUUCCAAAAAAAUGCCUCCAAGAAAGCCCAGCCUGGAAGGACGGAGAGACAGUAAGGACUCUACCGAUUCAAAGUCAGGUCAUCACAUUUUAAAAUGGCAAUCAAGUGAAACUAAACUGGAGAGAAGAGAUUCUACUAGCUCAAAGUCUGGCAGCUCACCUCAGGCCAAGAAAUCUAGUGAAAGCAAGAGUAAACCAGAGACCCCGAAGACACCCACAACACCUACUAGCCCUCUGUCCCCGUCGUUUAGCUCUAGUGCGGGUCCUUUAUCACCUCGCCUGCAAACUGGGGAUUCCAUCAGGGACAAAUGCAUUGAAAUGCUGGCUGCUGCACUACGUACAGAUGAUUACUAUAAAGACUACGGGGCAAACUGUGAGGCCAUGGCGGCAGAAAUCGAAGAUCAUAUAUACCAGGAGAUAAAAGCUUCAGACAUGAAAUACAAAAACAGAAUCCGCAGCCGCAUAAGUAACCUGAAGGAUCCUAAGAAUCCCAAUUUGCGUAAAAAUGUCUUAGCUGGAGCCAUCGAGUUGAGCCGCAUAGCCAGCAUGACUGCUGAGGAGAUGGCCAGUGAUGAGCUGAAACAGUUGAGGAAUGUGUUGACCCAAGAGGCCAUCAGAGAACAUCAGAUGGCAAAAACUGGUGGAACCACAACAGACCUGUUGCAGUGUGGCAAAUGCAAGAAGAAAAAUUGUACCUACAACCAGGUGCAAACCCGGAGUGCUGAUGAACCAAUGACCACCUUUGUGUUGUGCAAUGAAUGUGGUAAUCGCUGGAAGUUUUGCUAACUUGUGAUCAGAGCUCCAACAACAGUGACCACACUCAACAUUGUCCUAUUUUAUUAUUUUAUUUUUUUUAAUUUGGAAGAGAGAGUAAUGUGUGAUUUUGCAAGCAAAUGGCCCUGAAUUUAUAUGUAAUUAAUUCCCAAACUUUUACUGAGGUACACUACAUAAUAAAAGGGGUGUGCUAUGUAUUCAUAAUUAAAAUGAAGGUUUAUUACCUGGGAAAUGUAAAUCUGUUAAAAUUCUACCCUUUUAUAUUGUUUUAUCUGAGUACUCUUCACAUUUUUUUUUAUAAUUCACUUAAACUGAAUGUUCUGUUUAUUGCAUAGAAAUGAAAGGGAUAGUUCACCCAAAAAUGAAAAAUUUCUCAUUAUUUACUCACCCUCAUGCCAUCCCACAUACGUACGACUUUUUUUCUUCUGCUGAAAACAAACGAAGAUUUUUAGAAUAUCUCAGCUCUGUAGGUUCAUACAAUGCAAAUGAAUGGUGAUCAGGCCUUUGGAGCUCCAAAAAGCACAAAAAGGCAGUAUAAAAGUAAUCCAUACAACUACAAUGGUUUAAUCAAUGUCUUCUGAAGCGAUCCAGUUGGAGAACAAACCAAAAUAUAACUCCUUUUCACUGUACAUCUUGCAUUGCAGUCUAUAGGCACAAUCAUGAUUUCAAGCUUGAUUACACUUCCUAGUGCUUGACACAUGUGCAGGGUGCUAGAUGGCUCUAGGAAGUGUAAUUGAGCUUGAAAUCAUGAUCGCCAAAGAAACUGUAACUGUCAAGAUGUACAGUGAAAAAGGAGUUACAUUUUGGUCAGUUCUCACGCAAAACUAACUAAACUGCUUCAGCCACUGGAGUCUAAACGAUUGUUUAUGCUGACUUUAUCUGCUUUUUGGAGCUUCAUAAGUCUUAUAACAAUUCACCUGCAUUGUAUGGACCUACAGAGCUGUGAUAUUCUUCUAAAAAUCUUUGUUUGUGUUCUGCAGAAGAAAAAAAGUCAUACACAUCUUGGAUGGUAUGAGAGAAUUUCAUUUUAGGUAAACUAUACCUUUAACAAUCUACAUGGGUUCAGAUCAGUUAAGAAAGAAAUGAUGAAAUGUACAUUUAAAAGAAAGGACUAUAUGAAGAAAAUCCUAAUCUCUCUCUGACAGAUGUAGCAGUUUUGUAGUAAAACUCAAUACUUUCUUAAAAAGAAUCUAAACAAAAUAUUUUUAAUUAUGAUGAUAUUAUAUUUUAGAGAAAACCUUUAAAAACAUUGUACAUUUCAAACAAUAAAUAUAUUUACUGGAUAUAUAAAACAAAAUGUGUCUUAUGACAAUAUUUUUUUUGAAAAUGAAUGGGAUUUUUACUUCUGUAACCAGACUGUUGCAUUCUAUAACCCAUUGAAAUAACUGAAAACUGUAUUUUUAAAACUGCCUUACAAACA